AUGAACGCGCUCUGUCUCCUCGUGCCCGCGCUGCUGGUGCUGGGCUCGGUCCCGCGCGCGCUCUCGGCAGAGUACUGUCACGGAUGGCGGGAGGUUGGCGGCGCGCGUCACCGCGGGUUCCGAUGUCCCGAGCGCUGGGACGGCGAGGGCGCGCGCUACUGCUGCGGUGCGUGCGCGCUCAGGUACUGCUGCGCGUCGCCGGCCGCGCGCCUCGACCAAAGCACGUGCCCGGCAGAGACGGACUACUUCAGCGGGGGCGCGCAGGAGAUCCAGCCAAGCCUCCCGACCUACCUGCCGUUCGUGAUCGUGUUCAGCGCCUUCCUGUCCUUCGUCCUGCUCGGCGCCAUGAUCUCGGCCUGCUGCUGCCAGUGCGUGAAGCCCAAACCCGCCGACGAGCGACCCAGUCCCAACCAGACCAGCCUGCUGGAGUCCGGGGGCCCCUCUCCAAAGAGCUCGGCCCCGUCCUGUACGUCCAGCUCUGGGAUCCCUCCGCCACGCCCGACCCCGUCCGACAUCAGCGUGUACAGCGCUUUCACGCCGUCGUACGUGGCUCCGAUCCACCAGGGGGUGCCGCAGUUCUACCCGAACUAUCCGAACUACCCGCUGCCUCCGGAGCACACCAUGCUGAUCGCGCCGGCGUUUCUGGAUGCACAUUCGCACCCACACGGCCAGCCGUACCCCCAGGACCCCGUCUACCCCGUCGGCGCUGUCUGAUGGGGUCACUGGACUUGAUUGGUGUGUUUCGGGUACGAUUCGGAUCCCUCGUCAGAUCAGUUUUAUUGCCAAAAAGAUCACAGUUUUUAUCUAAUGACGUCUCAUCUGGUUACAAAUGAGAGAUUUAAGACUUUUGGUGACUUUUGCUGCUGUAAUGUUGCUUCUCAUAGGAGUGUUUCAUGUCACAAACAUUUUUGUAAAAU